ACACUUUCGCCUAUCUCUGCUUCCCCACCGAGCCCCUUACAUCAAAGCUUGGUGUUAUUUCAUAGACGAUCAUGGCAACCAUGGCCACCGCUCUCACAUCUCUCUCUGCCAAACCCCAGAACCACUCUCUCUUUGAUUCCUCCGCCUUUUAUGGCACCCCGGUGGCUGCACCCUCCGUUCGCAUGCAACCGACAAAAUCCACCACUGCUGUUUCCAUUUCUAUGUCAGCAUCCACACCGCCUCCGUAUAAUCUGAGUGCUUUCAAGUUUCACCCUAUCAAAGAAUCCAUAGUGGCACGUGAGAUGACACGUAGGUACAUGACGGACAUGGUCACUCAUGCAGAUACUGAUGUGGUGAUUGUGGGUGCUGGCUCUGCUGGCCUCUCUUGUGCUUAUGAGCUUAGCAAGAACCCAUCUGUCAAAGUUGCCAUUGUUGAGCAAUCUGUUAGUCCCGGUGGUGGCGCUUGGCUCGGUGGCCAGCUCUUCUCUGCCAUGGUGGUUCGCAAACCUGCUCAUCUCUUCCUGGAUGAGCUAGGCAUUGAUUACGAUGAAGCAGACAACUAUGUAGUAAUCAAGCACGCUGCCCUGUUCACAUCCACAAUCAUGAGCAAGCUCCUAGCCCGCCCCAAUGUUAAGCUUUUCAACGCUGUGGCUGCUGAGGACCUGAUAGUGAAGAAUGGAAGAGUGGGUGGGGUUGUCACCAACUGGGCUCUUGUUUCGAUGAACCAUGACACACAGUCUUGCAUGGACCCCAAUGUGAUGGAGGCCAAGGUGGUCGUGAGCUCUUGUGGCCAUGAUGGACCCUUUGGUGCCACUGGAGUCAAAAGGCUAAAGAGCAUUGGCAUGAUUGAAAAUGUCCCAGGGAUGAAAGCUCUGGAUAUGAACACUGCUGAAGAUGCCAUUGUGAGGCUUACAAGGGAGAUUGUGCCUGGAAUGAUUGUUACUGGCAUGGAGGUUGCGGAGAUUGAUGGCGCACCGAGAAUGGGACCAACAUUUGGAGCCAUGAUGAUAUCAGGGCAGAAGGCAGCUCACCUUGCCUUGAAGACGUUGGGACUGCCUAAUGCGCUGGAGGGAACAUUUACCCUUCGCCCAGAGUUUGUUAUAGCAGCAGCAGACUCUGCAGAGACUGCAGAGGCUUGAAUGGUGGCAAUAGAUAAUUGAGAUAUCAGAUUAAAUAAUAGAUAGUAGAAAUGAGUUUAAUUGGGUUUGGCUGUAGAAAUGUGUGUGUAGGGGGGAAUCAAAGGCUGAUUUGUUGUUGAGUUUUGUGGAUAGUGUUGGAUAUCUCAAACUUUGCAAGUGGAAAAACAUUUGGUCUUUUUUUCUACCUCGUUGGCUAGUUCUGAGAUUAUUGCAAUGGGUCAAAUUCGUGAUUCCCUCUUCAAUUAGUAUAAUGCUUUAAUAGAGGGAAAUGUACCAUAUGUUUGGAUUUAGAGAGAGGGCAGGGCAACUGAGCUGAGCCCAAAUCUCUAACCAUUUGGGUUUAAUGGGCUACUCUGUAACAAAAUGUAUGGAAAUAAAAGCCCAAAUUGUUUUUUCCAA